AAAGACUUUCCGAGCGCUGGGUUAAUUGAUGGAGAAGUCAGGGCUGAAGUGAGCCUGCUGGGAAUGGGUUGCAACCUUGCAAUUGCAGGUGUGUUCAUGUUACUGCACAGUAACACCCCCCACACACACACACACCAUGUGUUUCACAUCUGCACAGCUUCAUUAUUGUCAGAUUCGUUACCUGUUUUGUGUGCACACCGGGGGACAUUGACAAGGUGGGGUUGUCUCCACUCUUCCGACCUUGGGCAGAGAUGAGCUUUGUGAACACAGAGGGGAAACCUAGCACUCAAAAUGCAGCGAGUGCAGAAUAAAGGGAAGUCUGGAUGGAACCACGAUACAUAGAAAUUGAGCAGGAGAAGCUCUACCCACCUUUUGUCUCUCUGAGAAGAAGCGCUUCACAUUUGCAGUCUUACAGGGGGGAAAAAUAUGAGGCACGUAGGAGAGAGUAGACCCCACACAUCAACCGGGCACAUUCAUAUGCCCUUACUUGGGAAAAGUUGCAUUCCUCUCUGGCUGCUAUUUCCAGAAGGAAUCCACAGUCUCCACUGGAGAGUUUGUUUAAAUUUAGGAAUGAGCAGAGACUUUGCACAACCAGAACAAGCCUCGAUGAAGGGGAGGUUGGCACCGUGCUAGAAGUUAGAGAGAGUUCAGGGGUCUCUUGUGAGUGCGUCUUCCAUGUGUCUAACUUGAGUCAGGUAAGUUUUAUAUAAAGGUUUGAACCACCUUCUGAUUUUGUGUGGAGUGAUUUUGGGGUUGUCUGUUGGCAGUAAAUAUCAUCCUCACUUUUCUGUUAGGUCAUAAGUCCAGCUCCUCUUCUUCCAUUACGGGGAACAAGAGUAGAAUCUUUUUUCAGCUAUGCUGAAAAGCAACAUAUGGCUAGAAAUGGUCUAGGGCUAUUCUAGGGACAAAUGACAAAUUGGCAAAUCUCGGAGUCUUGAUGGUGUUCAUCUAAGUAGGGUUCUUAACACAAUCCUCUUCAUGUGUAUGUUGAAGUAAGCCCUAGGGAGUUUAGUGGGACUUACAUCUAUGUACUUUUUGCAGGAUUUCAGCCUAAAGAACUUGGAUAUGAACUUGCUCAAAAUAUUCCACCUCUUGCCAAAAUUUCCCCCCCUUAGCAGAGAACUGGAAGGCAGGCAGCUUAACAUGUAUAUUUACUUAUUUAUUUAUUAAGUGUAUCCAGGGGCAGGGGGAGGAUCCAGGAAAUUACAUUGUAAUGUCCUUUUCAGGUCAAUUGGUGGAAAGCAUAAUUAAAGACAAAAUUGAUCAUGCACGUAGAAGGACAAGUCUAGCUGAGAAUGAAUCAGCAAGGCUUCUGCAAAGGGAAGUUCUGCCUCGGCAACCUUUUACUGUAAGAGUUUGUGAAGAAGAGUCAGGAAGCACGUGGGUUGCCCUUUUCAGGAGUCCAUGAGAACGCAGCCCAGUCUCUGAAGAUGACGGAAGUUCAGAUUGACACCUCCCGCCUGCCUCCGGUGCAGGAAGUUUGCCGAGAUUUUGCUGUCCUGGAAGACGGCGCUUUGGCUUACAGCCUCCAAGAGCAAGAGAUUGAACAGCAUUACACUUCGAACAUUCAGAAGAACCAGCUGGUCCAGAAGGACAUCCGAAUUGCCAAGAAACUUCAGGACCUGGAGGAGGAAGCCAGGAGGAAGCACCAGCUCUCUGAGCAGCAGAGGGAACUGGAAGAUCGGGACUCCGACAUCGCCCGUGCCACCCCGGAAGACAUUCGGAGGGAGGCAGAGGAGAGUUGCCAGAGGAAGGCGAAGGACCAGGAAAUAGCCAAGCAGCUGCAGGACUUGGAGGAGGAGAGCCUGCAGAAGAAACAGCAGCUGUGGCUCAGGAGCUCAAGUCCGACACAACGAGGAGGAGGAGAAGAUGACUCCCUCGGGCCCCUAAACUGGGUGACGGCAGAACUUGAACUCCAGAACCAGCAGCAGGUCCAGCAAGAUGAAGAACUAGCCCGGGAGCUGCAAGCUGAGGAAGUGGCUCGCCUGAAAGCCAGGAAGAACCGGGAACGCCACAAUGACUACAGGGCAGCCCAGGUGGCCCAGGAUGAGGAGAUUGCACGGUACAUGCAGGACCAGGAACUAAAAGCUCAAUGGAGAUCCCCCAGGAGGAGCAAGGCCAUGACAGGGGCAGGGGCAAGUGGCAAGGGCACCACUAUGGAGGAGGCAGCCCCCAGCAGCAGCCCCAGCCAAGAGAAGGAGGCGCAAGAGAGCUGCGGAACCGCAUUGCCAACUGGACUCUGGUCCUCGGACAGCUCAGAAGUGCCCACCAAUGGAGGCCAGCCAGACAUCAGGUUGUCCCUCAGGCCGCAGCUGUGCCGGAAUAUUGCCGAGGACCUGGACCCAACCUUCAGGGCCCAGAGGGCGGAGGCCCCUGCUGGAAUGGUUGCCCUUUGCUCCAGAGCCGCUGCUGCCCCAGGAGGACGCUCAGUCCCUGCGGGCGGCUUCUUCGACUACCCAGACGAGCUUGGCGAACCUGCCUUUGUGUCCCCGACAAAACGACAGCCAGAGAAGGUAGGCCGGCAGAAACCCAGGGACAAGAAGGAAGGCUGCAAGCAACAGUGACGCAUCCGCUCCCAACAGAGCGGCUGCUCCCCCCACCCCUUGCCACAGCAGGGACUCAUCGAGAAAAGGGGGCUUCAUUCCUCUGGCCUCUUCGCCACCUCUGCCCAUACCUGCAGUUGCUCUGGGGGGCCAGGGUUUGCUCUAACAAGUCUGAGGCCAACGGUGCAAAAGGCUGCCAUUUCCCCCCACCCUUUGCAAAGAACGUCAAUGUCCACACAACUGAUGCAUCCUCGUAGCUAAAUGCGGCAGUCCCAGAAGGCUGCCGUCUCUUUAAUCCGGGACCAAAACGCUUUAGCCUCUUCUGCAAGCCAUCUUGACUCGCUCAUGUGACCUUUUUGCCUUGGUUGGGAAGAAGAUGGCUUCACCAGGCAAGGUCUGCCGGGUGUCAAGAGGUAAACAGCGGGUGCUCUGCAGAAGGGCAAGACCCUGCCCUUGGACUCCUUUGUGGGAAGACGCUCUUUUGCUGAGAGGGUGGCAGUUUUGCUGCAGCGAAAAAUGGGGCAGCAGCGAUUGGAUGGGUGAAGGCUGGAAACGUCCUCCGAGAGGCUUGAAAGGUUAAACGAAGAGCCCUGGAUCAGACCCAUCUAGCCCAAAAUCGUGUCUUCAUAGGGGCCAACUUGAUGCCUCGUCUAGGGAGCUAGCUAGUACAACAUUCAUUUUAAGCCUGCAACUGAUAUUCAGGGGCAUUGUGGUUGGUAGCCAUUGACAGCCGCCUCUUCCUCCUCCAUGAACUUGUCUUAUCCUUUUUUAAAAGCCUUCCAAGUUGGUGAUUUGUCAUUGCCGCAUAUUCCGGGAGCCCAACUUCACCCCACCAGCCUUUUUCUCCUUGUACUGCAUGACAAGUGGGAUCUGAGUGACCCCACUAGGCUUUUGAGGAGAUCAGGCAUUUCCAGGUGAUCCUAAAAUGAUGCUCUUUGUUAAGAGGGAAGAAUAUAUUACCUUCUCGGGCUCUUUGCAUUUCUGCAGCAUUGGACACGGUGUGCAAUAUAAACAGGCAAGGAGCAAGAGCACAAAAUGCUUUCAAAGUAGAUUUGGAAAAGGUCUUCUGCAGACACACACACCCUACUUAUUGCCAGGACUGGAUCUCGCACUGCAAGGAGUGCAGUUUGAAAUUGGUGCUAAAUGUGCUAGGCUUAAUCUUAAAAAUAUAUAUAUUAAUAAUAAUAAUCCU